CUUUUUUUUCAUAUUUCCUUUUUUUUUCCCUUUUCCUUUUUUUUUUCUUUUCUCUUUUUCUUUUUCUUUUAUUUACUUUUAUAAACUGCUUAUCUAGUUUACAUUAUGAAUUUGAAAUCAUUUCUUUUUAUCAGUUUAUUAUUUACAUUAGUUCUCAAUGUAUCGGCAGUUCCAUUACAAGAUGUUUCAGUGACUUCGGUGGAUUUGGCAGAAGAAAAUAUUAAUAACAAAGGUGAUGAACAUUUAUUUGUUACAGUGACCCGAGUUGAUGAUCUUGUGGAUGACGAUGGUUCUGUCUUGGCUGAACGUGUGAUGGCUGUUCGUGUUACUUUUGAUGUUGUUGAAAAUCAGCUUCGUUGUAAUGGUGUACCUAUUGCUAUUGGUGUAUCCAAUAUUCAAGUGGAAGCUCAAAUGGUAUCAGAUCCUAAUAAAUUGACCAUUGAUUCAGCAGAAGAAUUAGCUUUAUUAGAAGAUAGCUUUGAUAUUGGUUUGGCCACUGUGGAAGUCACUGCUACCUUGAUGGAUGAAUUGAAAACAGAAGAAGGUUUAACAUUCCGUCGUAUUGCUGUACAAGAAAUGAUUACUGAAAUCAAUAAUGAAAAGGUUGUUCAAACUCAAGCUGGUCAACAACUCUUGGAUAUUUUCGAUAAUGGACGUUUGGAUAAAUGGACUGUGGAUCCUGUCACUGGUUUCUUAUUACCUGAAGAACAUCAACAACAAUCAGAAGAACAACAAGAACAACAACAACCAGUACCUUGGAUGAUGAAUAAUGGUGGUUGUACUGAUUUAUUCGAUCCUAUUGUACAGUGGUGGAAUGCUCAAUCUAAUAUGGUUCGUGGUACUAUCACUGGCGCUAUUUGUGCCUUCCUUUUUGCCGUCGCUUUGUUUGUUCGUCAUUUGAUCAUUUCUGCCAAUGCCGCCUAUGCUGCCUUACCUUUAUACACUCAUGAAGAUGAUGAUGAUCAAGAAGAAGUCAUUUGGAAACAACAACAACAACAAAAAUCUGAUCCUCCUGCUUAUCAACAUGCUGUCGACAAGCAAGAUGAUGAAAAACAACCCUUCUUGGCGUAAAUCCCCUUUCCCCCUUUUUUCUUGUGUCUUUAUAUUCAUCUAGUUUACAUACAUCAUUCGUCUUUUUUUUUUUUUGAAAUAAAACCCUACUUUUCCCAUGUA